GUGAUCAUUCGCCUAACUCUCGUACAAAACGUUUGCGGCUGUCCAGCUCCCAGGGGAUGACAAUCAAAGCCCUUGUCAAAAUAGGCGAGUCGAUACAUGUGGCACUCCACAAAUUACCAAGCGCGUCGUAUACUCAUGUAGAGCCCCCAAAGUGGUUCUUUGUGGCUUCUUUUCGAUAAACAGUUAUUUGUUCAUGGGACUACAAAAGCUGCAUGUUGGGUCGGACCCAGAGGCAGGUUUUUUUCAAAAGCCCUGAUAGAGUAUUACGAGCAGUCUACAGCACAAUGCUCUACUCUACCCUUAUUUCCCUGCUACUACUGGGUGUAAGCACUACAGAGGCCCGACCUCCUACACUGGUGCAGCUAUCACGCCGCGAACACGAGACGUGCUACUCGGAAACAGACAUCUGGUGCUGUACCAAGAACAAACCUCUUAAUAGCCUGACAGACUGCUAUACCGAUGAUGACGAGGAUUGGGUAAAAAGGCGAUGUAGUUCGUGGGUCGAGUGGUAUCUAGUAUGUUGUACGGAGGAUGAAGAUGAAGUGAGUUCUCCAACUAUUGCGUAAAACUGCGAGAAUACGAGCUGACUAUGAGGUAGAAUGCGACCCCUGGUGCUUUGAUCUGUUCAGAUGUGGAUUAUGAUCACGACGAUGACGACGACGAUGAUGAUGAUGAUGAUGAUGAUGGCGA